GAUCAAGCAGCAGGGGUUAUGUAGUGUAUAAUUUAAUGCAUUGUGUGUAUAGUGUCUCUUGUAAGCGGAACAGUUCUGUCUGUUCAGACUGUCUUGAAAUGACCAUAGAUAAAACAUGCAAUUGUGACAGUCCCUUAUCAUACAACCCUUAUCAAUGACUGGCUUUCAAAUACAAAUACUUACAUUUUUAUUCAGGUUACAUUUUAUGAUAAUUGUCAAAGUUUUAAUUUUUAUUGAGUUAUGAACAAAAACAAGGUGAUCCUCCAUUGACAUUUUAACCUUAUCUCUGUCUCUGUGUAUUGUGCAUAAAGUUUGUUUGGGAAAUACAUCUUUUUCCUCUGGGAUGAUGUAUUACACUUUUUUAGAUCGACAAACUUUAUUCACAGUAUAGGAAUCCCAAAAUAAUCUUUCGAAAGUGUAACCAUGUUUUUCAAACCACAGGAAGGUUUUGAAGUCUGUGCAACUGCCUAAUAUCUAUUAUGGUUCAGGCCCAGAGCCCUCAAACUGUAUUGGAAUCUUUGAUGCCUGCAGCUGUUAUUCUCGUCCCAGAAAUGUCUGGCCGGUAAAUAAAAAUAAAUGGCUGGUGUUGUGUACAAAAAAAAAAAAGCCACAGACAUCCUUGUUGCAGUUUUAACAUUUAGUUACCGGUUAGCACUGCAUGCUUAAAAAAAAAAGUAGAGGUACAAAAUUAAGUGACAUUGAAUGGGUAAGUAAUCUGUUAUCAAAAACAGGUUUGUGUUUCAAAAGCUGAAAUUGCUACACUGGGUUUUCCAGAUCCUCACACUAGUGAAACAACUUUGUAGCAGCUUCUGCAGCCACUGGGUUUUGCAACCCACCUCAAAAUGAUGUUUGCUUUGUAUUCAUUAUUGUUUUUGUCCCCCUCCUCCCUUCCCUCCCAUUUCUAUUUCUGUUUAUUUUCCUGUAUUCCAUUUCAUUCUGCUGUUGCUUUCUACCUCUGCACCACCUUCCCUACUUCCUUCCCAAUGUUGUCCCCAAUCCCUGCCUGCUCUUCAGUCGAUGCUUGCAUUAAUACCUCUAGAGACGAAGUGGAUGUCUAUGAGAAGGAUGCUUCUUCAAUGGACUGCCCGACCCUUUUCUCCUCCUCCUCCUCCUCCUCCUCCUCUUCUUUUCUAGAGUUCACUGGUGACCCCAGUGACCCUGUCUUUCUCCAGCUCGACUGCUGUGCUUUGGAGGAGAGCUGGUUUAUUACUCCCCCCCCCUGCUUCACUGCAGGUGGACACACCCCUGUCCAGGUAGAGUCCAGCCCCAUGGAGAACCUCCUCAUCGAGCACCCAAGCAUGUCUGUGUAUGCUGUAAACUUCCGCCACAGUGUGAAGGAGACCGCAAGGAGGUCAGGGUCCACAGAUAAGUCAGUUCUUAGGGUGGAAGCACAGUGUAAAAGGGGCCAACCUUUUAGCUGCUAUGCAGCUGCGAUGGCAGCACACACCAGUUUCCGUGAACAAACCAAGCACACACGGCUUGCUCAACGCACCAAGGAGAACAUAGAAAGACUCCACUUGACCCGUAACGCCCUUCGUCGCCAAAAUCUUGCCAAGGAUUCUCGCCAAGCUAAACAACGUGGAUUUUUGGUACACCAGCCCAGCCAGAGGCAGUUCAACUAUUGAUGGUGUACCAUCUUUUUUGUCGUCAGCUCGUAGGUCACAUUACUUAAUCUGCCAAUAUAAAAUGUUUAGCGUUUCACGCUAUUUUUUAACACUUUUAAAAUGCUGGGUUUAAUAUCAGAAACGCU